GGGGCGGGGCGGGCGCGGCCUCAUUCCGGGCCCGGCCGGCGCCGCGCGGGUUGUAGUGUCGCUGGAGGGGCAGGGCCCCACCCUAUGACAUCGCUCCCGGCCCCGCCCCCCACGCAUGGCGGCGGAGGAGGGGAAGCUCUUUGUGGGGGGCCUCAACUACGACACGGACGAGCAGGGGCUGGAGCAGCACUUCAGCUCCUUCGGGCCCAUCGCCGAGGUGGUGGUGGUGAAGGACCGGGAGACCCAACGUUCCCGUGGCUUUGGCUUCGUCACCUUCACCAACCCCGAGCACGCGAGUGACGCCAUGAGGGCCAUGAACGGCGAGUGCCUGGACGGGCGGCAGAUCCGGGUGGAUCACGCCGGGAAAUCGCCCCGCGGUGCCCGAGGGGGCUACGGGGGGGGCCGGGCCCGGGGCCGAGGAUACGGUCGAGGGGGAGGUGGCCGGUCCUGCCCUGCUCUGCCACAUGGCCACCUCCUCUCCACCAGAGGAACUGUGAGAGUCCUUCUGAAAGAUCCUAGAAGCUGUGAGAUGUGCCAGAUUUAG